AUGGUCACAGAGUCCCCAUUAAACGGUAUGACUGGUGGCGUUGGGUCUAUAACCCUGACCGAGCCCGGUCUGUCGCGCCCGCCGCCCAAAAGAGAAGACGUGCCGUCAUCUCUUGUGUCGAGUGUCAUCGGCGCAAGCAAAAGAACAUCCACCCGGUCUAUAUCGCCGGUGACGUCUAUUCCCUCCUCUGAUGGUGGUCCCAAUCGCCUUCCGGCGGCUGCGCGGCGGCUGUCGAAGUCGGUUGAGUCUAGGGAUGAGUUGGAUCCCAAACUGCCAGCGCUCAACCUGCAGGUAGAUCCUAGGUGUAGCAGGGAGCUGAGAGAGAAGUAUAAGAGCCUCAUCCGACAUCUCCCCGCCAAGUCUUACGUCGAUCAACUUGUAUCCGUUUACUUCAAGGAGGUCAACUGGCAUUACCAUGUCAUCGAGGAAGACGAAUUCCUGCGCAUGGCCGGUAUGAUUCGCGCGAUGCUAUCGGCCUAUCUUGCCGACAUUCUUGGAUCUUGGAACGCGCUCGGCGAGACCAUCACCCACGCCCGCAAAAUCGGCAUGCACGAUGACCUCCUGGACCCCAAACCCCCAGCGCUAAGCUCCAAGAUAUCCUGCGAUAAAUCGACUUGCGCUGUAGUAUUACGAACGGAUGGAUUCGACCCACCCACGCCGCUGGCGCGCAGUCUCUGGCUCUUUAGGUUGGCGGCACCGCUGCGCGAUGCGGAAUUUUCCGAGAAUGCGGACGCGAAAGUGGCCGAUGCGGCCAUGGCCGAGGCUGUGGGAAGGAAGAUGCUGGAGACGGUGCAACAAAUACCGCCCUAUUUCAGGCUCGAGUCGACCGAUUGGCGCUGGGAUAGCCACCCCGACUGUCCGUGGUUGACAGCCUCGAGGUUCUGUCUCGAGCAAUUUAUCCAAUUCAACGUCAUGGUUUUGCACCGGUCGUACAUACUCAGCCAAUCCACCAGCAGGACGGAGGCGCUGCGAGCCGCGAUCAAGCUCCUCAGCUGCCAGCAGAUGAGUUAUCAGGGUACAGGCACGGAUUCUUGGAAGAACUUUCUCCUGUUCUUCGGCAGCUUUGAUGCGCUAAUCCUCAUCUCCAUGGUGUAUACGCUGUACCCGCGGGAAAACAGCUGGCUUUAUGAAGAAGCCAAGCCGCAAUUUGACUGGACCAUGAAACGGUACAGGGCGAUGCAGAGCGUCAACCCUCUUGCGACACCAGCUAUGACUGCCAUCGAGUCGUGUUUCAAACGUAUGAAGGACACAGUCAUGUCCACGAUGCGAGCGGCGGAUCCUUUGAGCAUCGCCAGUAUCUGCACCAGCCCGACGCCACAGAGCCCGCCAGCCAUGUCGGAAGAUAGCUCGGCUUCGUCACCUCCACCCUCGGAGACGAAUCUUUGCUUCUUCACCCGCUGGUUCGGUAACCGCAGCGCCGCCAGGAACGCGGGACCAGCAUCCCCGACAAAGGCAGGUGUUCCCGAACAGAGCAUGGAUCUUUCAACGUCAUGUCCUGUGGGUUAUCUCCUCUUCAACCUAACGGGACUUUGCAAGUCCGCAGAAGAGGAGCGGCGGACGACAAUGCAUGACGAUAGCAGGCUAAUUCGGAGCGAGACGAAAGACUUCCGCCAGCCGUUUUACGAAGAGCAGUCCCCCUUUUUUCUCGCCAUGUCGCAUCCCAGGGUGGAAGAGGUGUCGGACAGCGACCUGUCGGACCCCUCCGAGGGCAACAUUUCCGACUUUGACGAGACCGACAUCCUCCGCGUAAACCCCUCCAAGCCCGCCUUCACAGUACGCCGCGGCAACGGACGCCAAAAGUACGCCGGCUUCCAGUGCCUGUACCCCAUCUACUUUUCAGCGCAGCACUCGCGGCACGAGGGCCGGCGGGUCGCGGGGUCGCUGGCGGUGGCGAACCCGAUCGCGCGGGACAUUGCGCACGCGUGCUCGCAGCUAGGGUUGCAGGUGCUGUUCGAGCCGGGCAAGUCGCACCCGCGGGACUGGGCGAACCCGGGCCGCCACCACCUGUACCGGCUCGUGGCCCAGUGGCUGCAGCGUAACCCCACCACCGACGACUCCCAGUCCCUGCGCUACCAGAUCCCCGGCGUGCCUGUGCCCCAGCCGGGCGAGGCGUGGCCCCGCCCCGCUAUCCCCAAGGGCUGGAAGAUGAACGAGCUGCUGCCCUUUGUCAGCCCCGCCAUGACGGGUGGUGGUGUGAGCGAGAACUUGUUCAAGGAUAUGAUGAAGGAGAUGCAGGGCGGUGGGGAUCCCAUGGCCGCGCUGAUGAAUGCCGCCGGUGGGCCGGGUCCCUCUGCGGCGGACGACGCUGGGAAGAAGAAGAAGAAGGAUAAGAAGGGCAAGGGCAAGGCUUGA